UCAGGCUGGUCACAACUUUCUUAGUUCUUCAGCUUGUUCACUUGUCAUAUUGACAGUGAUCGUGGCUAGUCCUAGGACAUAGUAUUUCCAGACGCACUUCACAUAUAAUUUAAAAUGGAUUCAAGACAUACGGUGAAGGGAAAGAAGAAGUUGGUUCUUUCAGCCAGGAGAAUGAAAAGGCGGCUACCACCAGAAUUUCAUGCUAACAGACGUAGAAGGAUUGAAGAACAAACCUUAUCGCUCGAAGCGCCUUCAUCUUCCCAGGCUGACAGUGUUUCAGCAGAUGCCAUUUCUGUAUCCACUGAGAACUUUCAACCCAGUGCAACGUCAACUCCUAAAGGAAAGAAGAGAAGACCACACAAAAGAAAAGUACCAGCGCAUUUGAUGAAAUGGAGAUUACAGCAAAAGUGCAAGGGCAACUACAUGUAGCUGAUAAAAAAACCUGUUAUUUUGUAGUAUGGACAAAAAAAGAUAUCCAUAUCGAAAAGAUCGAGAGGGAUGACAGGUUUUGGACCGAGAAAAUGGAGAAAAAAUUCAUUUAUUUUUACCAUCACGCCUUGUUGCCAGAGAUACUGGAUCCUCGAACGUGUCGAAGUAUGGCAAUCAGGGAGCCAUCAAUCCCAUUUUCUCAUUUUUAAAUAAAGUAUCAUUGAAAAUUAUCAAAUCUAUUGGUUUUUUGUUUGUCCUUCUUGGUUCCUAUAAAAUAAACAGUUGUAAUAACAUUAAAAAUUAAGAACAUGGAUUAAAAACGUUGACCACACACCUUAAAGACCUAAAGGUAUAUGAACAAACUUAAUAUAGUUAGAAUUAAAAUUAAAUAAGAUAAUAAUAUUUCUUCAACUUUAC